AUGCUUGUGGUGCUCACUGGACGAAGGCCAUUGAGCAUUGUUGAUGGAGACAGCGUGCACAUUCUGGCAUGGGUGGAGGCUUGCCUCUCUUCUGGCACCCCGGACCGCCUCAAGGAACUGCUGAUGAGCAUGGACGCCCCGGAUGAUGCUGUGCUGCGCCUGGCCCAGCUGGCUCUCAGCUGCACGGUGCAGCGCACUGCAAGCCGACCCACCACGGCAGAGAUUUCCAAUGAGCUGCAGGGAGUCAGGAACGAGGUGGUGGGGAGAGUGGAGCUCAGUGCUGCGGUUAAAGUGGAUGCUCUAGUCAAGGAGAUGAGAGGGGCAUCUCCAAUGGAUGCUCACUUGAACGAGAUUAACGAACUCCUGCACGGAGAUUCCUUUGACGAUCCGUGA